AUGUAUAACUUUAGUGUUGCUAAAACCAAGGGGAAACGUUUAGUAACUGCUUAUUUUCGAAAAACGAAAAGAAAAUCAAUUAGAAAAAUUGAUUUUCCGAUUCUUCUGAAGGAACUUUUUUCAACUGCGUUUACAGUUGGUCCUGUUUCUGGUGGGUUUCGACGUGCCGGCAUUUCGCCGUUCAAUGAAGAUGUUAUGAAAGAAAAGGUUUUGUCUCGACAUGGAUUAUACAAUGAUUUGGCCACAAAUGAUUCAUCAGCAAUGGAUAUUUUAACUAGCUUAUCGAAUGAAAUCGGUUCACCGGAUGUUCAAGUAAACAGUAGUGAUGAUCCAUCUACUUCAUCUCAAACGGCUGUUAAUUCUACAUCAGCUUCAUCUAGUCCUCAAUUUGCUUUUGACGAUAGUGAAAACGACGAAUGUGAUUCAAAUACUUCCAUCGAUAUUGAAUCAACAAAAAAACCAAAAUCAACAAACAAGAAUUUGAACGAAAGCUUCGAAUCUUCAUCUAACCAAAAUGUUACUGAUUCGACAAAUAUACCAUCGUCUGCACCAGCUCAAAUGAGACCUCCAUCGGCUGUCCGAACACUCAUUUCAACUUAUUUGGCAGAUAAGAAUAUUUCAAUGCAACAAGCACCAGUAACAACACGGUCUCGUGCGCGUGCUGAACGUAGAUUCGGUGAAGAUAUAAAAAAUGGAAAUCUUCUUGAAGAAUUAAAAAAGAAAGAUGAAAUAAAGAAAAUGAAAGCAAUGAAAGCAAUGAAACAGAAACCAGUUCAACAAUCUCAACGUUCGUCCAAAAAAAAAGAAUUAAUAGAAUUUCAUUCACAAUAUUAUACUAUAUUCAUAAUCAUGUCAGUAAUGCAGUAAAAAACUGGUUGUGUUGUAAUUAGGGUCAAAAAUAUCUAUGUUGUGAUUAGGACCAAAAAUAUCUGAGCGUCACGAUUCCGGUCAAAAAGCAUCUAAGUGUUGUUAUUAGGGCCAAAAAAAUAGCUGAGUGUUGUAAUUAGGGCCAAAAAAAUAGCUGAGUGUUGUAAUUAGGGUCAAAAGAUA